UAUACUCAAGUAAUUAUAUUCAAAACGUGCUUAUGCAGACGUUACCGUUGAUGUCGCUUUCAGAAAAUUUCCCUCGCUUGGCUUGAGUCGUUCAGUUUAGGCGAUUGAUGCGGACGUGCUCUGAAGGAACCUCGCACGGUUUUCAACGCGGAGUCUGUUUUGGAGUUAAUAUUCUCAGGUAAAUGUGGAAUAAUGUUAUAUAAUCUUAUUUAUACACGUGGGACGCCAUGUUCGGUUAAUUUUGUUGAACUUGAUGUUCCCCUGCUCUAGCCUGCUAAAAAUGCUUGCGUCAGACUGGCUGGUGUAAGUUAACGUUCGUUGGCCUGCAGGAUGGAGCUGACUAGAAUGUCUACAGCUAACUUAAUAAAGGAGUUAAUACAAUUUGGUAUCGAAGUCACUGAAGAGGAGAGGAAAAAGUUUGAAGACAAUGAUGUGGAUGGAGGGAUUGUUGACAUCGGACUGACUGAGUCAAUGAUUUCAUUCCAUUUUGAGGGAUCAUUUAAAAAACAAGCAAAAUUUCAUCGAUUUGUUCAGCAGAUGAAGGAGACAGUGACAUUAACUCUUGAACCUGUGCCUGUAGAAAGCCAGUCAAGAGCGGGAGCAAGUAAUAUCAGCCCAUCAACAGCUUUCCCUGCAUUUUUUGAAGUUCCGAAGUUUCCAUUUGAUGUUCAGGCCAAGUUGGACCGAAAAGAAUGCAGACUAACGUCAUCAGACCGAAACAAAAUUAUUAGAACGUUGUAUGAAAGCAUGGCUCAGUACAAAAUGUAUUUCUCAUUACCUAUACCUGUUUUAAUUGCUUACAUUCCAUUUUAUACAACAUUUAAUGCUACACUCAUGUGUUUAAAAUAUUUUUGUAGGUAUCCAACUACAGAAGAGUAUGUUCAAGUGGCUAAGGCCCUGACUCUGAGGUAUCCCUUUUUAAAAGACAAAGAGGGCAAUGGAUAUCACACUUGGCACAUGUCUCUGAAACGCAAGUUUAAAUUUGAGCGGACACCUUUGGCUGAAGUUAAAGAAGUGAAAAGACUUAAACAGAAGUUUGGUCAUUCAAAAAAGUCUCUGCAACCUGAAGAAAGCAGUUGCAAAGAAAUUACAAGGCCUUUGGUGAGAGUAUAUUUUUAUAAUAUUAAUAUUUUUACACUUGUUACCAGUGCAUUGUUCUCAAAUUAAAGGGUUAG